AUGGGACGGAAUCGUAUCUCCGGCGUAAUUCCAAGUUCUUUGGGUAAUCUUCAAAUGUUGAAUGAUAUUGAUCUAUCACGGAAUGCAUUGGUGGGUAGCAUACCCACAAGUUUUGCGAAUUUUGGGUAUUUGUUUUCAAUGGACUUAUCUAAUAAUGAGCUAAAUGGAAGCAUACCCAAAGAAAUUCUCAAUCUCCCAAGUUUAAGUACCUUCUUCAUACUUUAUAAUAAUUUCCUAUCUAGGCCUCUGCCUCAAGAGGUUCGAUUCCUAGAAUGGGUUGGCACAAUUGACCUCUCUGGCAACCAUUUGUCAGGUAACAUUUCCAUGUCAAUUGGAAUGUGUAAGAGCUUGGAGAAACUGUUAAAGGCCAACAACAUGUUCUCAGGUCCUAUUCCAGAUACUUUAGUAGAAGUGAAAGGCUUGGAAACUCUUGACCUCUCCUCAAACGAACUCUCUGAUUCAAUUCCCCCUGAAAUACGAAACUUGAAUGCCCUGUAA